AUGUCGUUUGAACAUCUAAGGACCGUUAAUGGUGUUAUUUUCCAAACUUAUCAAAGCGCUUGCAAGGAAUUAGGUUUACUGGAGGGAGAUGAACAUUGGCAAAAGACCAUGUCAGAUGCUGUCAUAUCCGAGCCAGCCACAAAAUUAAGAGAAUUAUUUACCAUCAUCCUCAUAUUUUGCCAGCCAUCUGACCCCUUAGAUUUAUGGAACAAAUUUCGCAAUGAUUUAUGUGGAGAUUUGUUAAACAGAAUGCGUAAUGAGAAUCAGGAUAUGACAUUAGCAUAUAGUGAUGAUAUAUACAAUGUUGGACUUAUCAUAAUUGAAGAUAAGAUUCAUGAGAUUUGUGAUAAGUCAUUAACUGAUUUUGGAUUCCUGCAUCAAAAAGGAACAAUUCACAUAAUAAUUUGGAUCCGUGGAACUGGCAAGACUUUCAUUACUAAUCUUAUAUUAGCAAAAGUUAGGUCUCAAGGAAAACUCGCUUUAGCUGUAGCGUCGUCAGGAAUUGCCGCAACUUUAUUAGCAGGUGGACGCACAGCUCAUUCCACUUUUAAACUACCUCUAACUGUUUCUUUACAGCAAGAUAGCGUAUGCUCUAUUCGUAAAAAUGGCCCUUUGGAAAAAGUUUUGCAAGACGUCAGUUUAAUAAUCUGGGAUGAAUGUACCAUGAUCCAUAGAGCUCAUGUAGAGGCUCUAGAUAGGACUCUUAGAGAUAUUAGAAGCUGUGACAAAAUCAUGGGUGGUAUUACUGUUAUGUUUGCUGGGGAUUUUCGACAAACUCUACCGGUAAUAGUAAGAGGAACUAGAGCAGACAUUGUAAAGUCUUGCCUUAAAAGUUCCCCGUUAUGGAAAUUUGUUCAUACCUUAAAACUAUCUACGAAUAUGAGAGCACAUUUGGUGGGAGGUAGUACAAAUUUUUCUUCAAAGUUACUUUUAAUAGGAGACGGGAAAGUACCUCAUUUUGAAAAUAAAAUUGAAAUUGAUCGCGAUUUAGGAGAAAGAGUGACUAGCAUUGAGGAACUUAUAUCGAAAGUUUAUCCUAAUAUUGUCGAAAUAGAAAAUAAAGAUUAUCAAUGGAUGUGUCAAAGAGCAAUAUUGGCGGCGAGAAACAGUAGCGUUGACGAUAUUAACAAUCAAAUUUUAACUAAACUUCCAGGAGAUACAGUUACCUACACAUCUAUCGAUAAUGUAAUGGAUCCAGAAGAUGCGGUCCAUUACCCACAAGAGUUUCUUAAUUCUUUAAACCCGAGUGGCCUUCCCCCACAUUCCCUCAAAUUAAAAAUAGGUGCCCCAAUAAUUUUACUCCGAAACCUUAAACCACCAAAUUUAUGUAACGGAACCCGACUUCAAGUCAAAUUUCUGCGUGAUAACGUGAUCGUUGCAAUCGUUUUAACUGGUCCAGCAGUCGGGGCAAACGUUUAA